ACCGGUUUCCAUUAUAUACACUUGUUAAUUGGUAUGAUUUUAUCACGCAUCACAAGUGAAUUCUACAAUUAUUCGCAUGUCAAUAUGGGAACUGUAGUUAUGGUUGUUGUGAACCUUCUAGCACUGUUAGCUGUUGACGACCCACCUUAUUAUCGGAUGAAGUUUUAUGAAAAGUGGACUGGUAUUUUUAAUCUUGAUUAUAAUCUACAGAUUCAAGAUUAUUGUCAUACUAAAAUGUUCAAAAAAAAUUAUUACAAAGUAUGCUACAAGAGACUAAAUAUCAUAGGUACUGUCUUAUUGUUAAAUUUAUAUGUAUUAUUUCACAGAUUUUUGAAAUCAAGGAUAACCAUUAUUUGUUUUUGUAUUUUACGGAAAAACGAUUUUGGCGACCGCUAUUGAUCAACGUCUGUUUAAUUAGUAUUCAACAAUUUAGUGGUCACUUUUCUCUAACGUAUAAACUUCAAUGUCUUUACGGAAUAAUAUCUAUAAGUGAAAUUAUACCGACCGUGACUGACAUCUUACUUCUCCAACUUAUUACAUGUAUUAUGUGUUUAUACAUCGUCAGUGUUUUGGACAAGAAAAAUUUAUUAAUCAUUUCGGGAUUAGGAAUGGCAAUAACUUUAUCUUUAAUGAAUGUCGCAUACCAUAUAGAAAUUAAAGAUAAAGAUGAACAAUGGUUGCCUAGUUUAAUUUUAAUUUAUGUUAUAUUUUAUUCAAUCGGAUAUGGUCCAGUUCCUUGGAUGUUAAUGUCCGAAAUAUGCCCGAGAGCAUCGAGAUUGUGGACUUCGGGCGUCACAGUCAGUUUAUACGCUUUUCUGAGUUUAGUCAAUAAUCAAUCAUUUUACGAAAACAUUAGACUAUAUUAUGGAAUGAACAUUUUCACUAUUGUAAGUGCAAUUGGUGCAUAUUUUGCAUAUUUGAAUGUACCAAAAAUAAAAGACUGUAUUCUUACAUAAAAUGUUUUAUUUAAUUUGUGAAUAAAUAACAAAAUGAAAGAACUUUCAUUAUUUUAAGUAUAAAGAGUUAAUAUGAUGCGAAGGACCAUAAAGUGAAUUGCACGUAAUUAAUCAUUAUAGCACCGGUGUAACAGGCGAUUUUUAACCCCCAGUAAAAUGUACACCUACAAUUUUACUAUAGGAGCUCAAAAUCGCCUGAGGUAAACAUCGCCUAACGUAACAGGCAAUUUUUACACACCAACAAAUUUUUUAACCGUGGUGGGUAAAAAUCAGCUGGUGUAUAAAUCGCAUGUUGUAACUGUUGUUUUUUACCCACCUACACAUUUUACAGUAGCUGUGGUAAUUUUACU